GCGAUGGUCAAAUGAAAAGAUACAUCUUCUUGAGAGGGUUGGACUUUAAUCCUAAAAACCCAAAGGGGGGCGGAACUUUUUCUUUCCAAACCGAGUUAGCGGACAGGUCCUAGUGCUACUAGGAAGGACGGUAGGAAGUUUCGAACGCCCACUUUCAAAUUGGGAAAAUGGCACCAAGCACACAAGUGAAUGAAGCUGUGUCCGACGUACGAAAGGGGAUUCGAGCUAUCCUGCUCGGACCUCCUGGCGCUGGGAAAGGGACACAGGCUCCCAGAUUGGCCGAGCAGUACUGUGUGUGUCAUCUGGCCACAGGAGACAUGCUCAGAGCCAUGGUGGCCUCAGGCUCAGAGUUGGGUAAGAGACUCAAAGACACCAUGGAUGCUGGAAAACUGGUCAGUGAUUCCAUGGUGGUAGAACUCAUAGAGAAUAACCUGGACACGGUCCCUUGUAAAAAUGGAUUCCUGUUGGAUGGAUUCCCCCGUACUGUCAAACAAGCAGAGAUGCUUGACGAGUUGUUGGACAAGCGGACAGAGAAGCUGGACUCUGUGGUGGAGUUCUCUGUUGAUGACUCUCUUCUGGUGCGCAGGAUUUGUGGCAGACUCAUUCACCAGCCUAGUGGUCGUUCCUACCAUGAGGAGUUCAACCCACCCAAGGAGCCCAUGAAGGAUGAUGUGACCGGGGAGCCGCUGAUGCGGCGUAGUGAUGACAACGAGGCAACGCUGCAUUCUCGUCUGGAGGCCUACCACCGCCAGACUGUGCCCCUGGUGCAGUACUACAGCACCCGCGGCAUCCACACGGCCGUGGACGCUGCCCAGUCACCUGACCUUGUCUUCGCCUCCAUCCUCGCUGCCUUCUCUGCCUCCAGCCCUGCCUGUAAAGACCUGGUGCUCUUCCUCUAAACUCCCCUCCUCUUCCUCACUCCCUGUUUCCUCCGUAUCUCAUCCCAGCUCCUCUCUACCUCUAAACUCCCAAUUACGUCUGGGUCUUUCAGUCCCUCUUGUCCAUGCUCCUCACUUCUAAACUCCCCACCUUCUCUUUUCCUUCAUUUUCUCUUCUGUCACUUGCACCAUCUACUCCAGGCUCCUCAAGACCCAACAUUUUUUAAAGGAACUUGUGGUCUGCAGCUACAGCUAGAAGCAAGACUAGAUUGGUUACUUUUACUGCUAUAAUUAAUUAUGCUCUUUUUCCCUGUGGUCUCAUUGGGCUUGUGGUUCUUAUCACAUUGACAUGUCAUAGUGAGAACUUUUGACACGUUGUAUAAAUAUUUAACAUGCUGUGAUUCCUCGACUCAGGAAUGCUGAGUUCGUAAGUGUAUUGUGAGCUCAUCUUUUGCACCUUAAUAUUGUUCCAUUGUUUUCUUUGGUCUGUAAACUGAAGUUCCUUUUGAGCAGAUGCUGCCUGUGUUUUCCUCCAAUUACAGACUACUCUGCUGUGGGCUUUUCUUCUUUGCACUCUCUUCUUCUUAUUAUUUCAUUGACAUCUUGGAUGUAGACUGUAAAACUGCUCAGAUGUUAACCUACCUGUCAGUCACCUCUCUAAAGCUAUUUUCGGCAUGUCUUGUUAAAACCUAGAUUAACCAAGUUGUACACUGCGUUGAGUAAUACUUCCCUCAAAAUCUUUUGGACUCUAUUGGUUAGUAAUUGUUAAUGUGCCAAACCAUGUGGUAGGUUUCUGUGUAAACUUGAAUGUAAAGCCCAAUGCUUUGAAUUGUUGAAUGUAACAUUACAUUCAACUAUUUUAUCAUUUCAAUUCACAUGAGAUAUAAAUCAUAUAUUCUCCUCUUUUUUUUCUUUCU